UUUAAAUUCUGAACGUCAUAACCUGGUAAAAUGUAUAGUUUAUUUUUUUAGCCGCUGAUUUCGAUUAAGAGAAUGGUUUAACUCUGUACUAUGAGGCUGGAUGGGAGGGGAAGGUUGACAUUUUUCCACAUGUGUCACGUGAUUACGACGAGCCAAUGAAAUUUGUUGACUUAGCUUCAGGGGGCAGCCCACGGGGCUAGAUACAACGUGGCAGUCUGAUUCGUAACUUGGAUCUCUGAUCUAAUCACAGCUGUACUUAAGCAUUUUAUAAAAUUUGAGGUUCUACAGGCUCACCAACCGCAAGCUCAUACUUUUUGCAAUCGCUUUUAAAACUACCCCAUGGCCAAAGCUUCAUCUUUGGCAGACAGCGUAGAAAAGGAGUUGGAAUGCGCGGUUUGCUUAGAACAGUACAAGGAUCCGAGAUUUCUGCCAUGUCUUCACUCAUUCUGUAAGAAGUGCCUGGAAGGACUGCUACCCAAGCAAACGAUAGUAAAAGAAAGAGGAAGGAGAGGAAGAAGAAGAAGAGGAGUAACGCUAAGGAGUGAAGAGAUUAAGGAGAUCAAUUGCCCGUCAUGCCGGAAAAGUGUUGAGAUUCCGGAAGGAGGGAUUGAGUCGCUGCCAGUCAACUUUUUUCUCAACAAUUUUUUAUCCGUGGUAGCCCUUCAUGAUGACUCGGCCAGCAGGAGUGUUGAGUGUGGUAUCUGUAAUAGCGGCGACCCCCCUGUCAACAGAUGCACCACAUGCUGCUGUUUCCUAUGCGAAUUUUGUUCGCAAGCUCACUUGCGAGCGCGUGGUACAAGUUCACAUGGUAUGGUGUCUCUUGAAGAAGCGAAAAAGAUGGGAUCUGUAGCAAUGGUGAAACCUUCGCUUUGUAAAGAGCAUGAAGGAGAGGUGAUGAAGCUGUUUUGUGUCACAUGCGACAAAGUUAUAUGCAGGGACUGCACAGUUGUCGAGCAUCGUGAACAUGAGUACACUUUCGUCAAGGACGCAUAUUCAAGGGGUAGAGAAAGCUUACUGAAUAUCAUCUCAGAAACGAGAACCUUGGUACCUAUGCUUGAACAGGCUCUGCAAAGUGUUUCAGAUGUGAAGUCGCGCGUCCAAUGUCACGCAAAACAGACGAUGCAGGACGUGACCAAGUGCUGCGAUGAUUUGACAGCCAGUGUGAACAUUCGUCGCCAGCGUUUGAUUCACAUGACGGAAGAGCUCAAGACUUUUAAGCUGAAGGCGCUGGAAAUGCAGCAUGAGGAACUGGAGACGGCCUUAGCAGGUGUGAAAACAAGUGUGGAAUUCACGGAGAAAGCCUUGAAAAAUGUCAGCGAAGUUGAGUUGCUGUACUUGCACAAGCAACUGUCCAGCCGGUUAGAAGGGUUUAACUCAGCAAAAUGGCAGCUGAAACCAUGCACUGAUGAUAUUGUCAAAUUGAAUGUGAACAUGAACCAGCUGACAAAAGUUAUGAAAACCUUUGGCGCAAUCAGAGAAACGGACACAUCUGCUGGUGUGUCCACCGUAACCAUGGAAACCGGAUUGGAGGGCGUAAUGUACGACACCCUUUGUGGAGAACAAGUCAUAUUCACCAUAAUUGCCAAGGAGCAGAAUGGAAAGAAACGAACAGACGGUGGAGAUAAUUUUGAAGUAGAAAUUUGCCAUGAACACUAUUCCUCUACUGAACGGCUGAAGGUGAGGGACUGUGAAGAUGGAACGUACACCUUUCGCUACACUCCUCAACGCGAGGGUCAGUUUGAGUUAUCAGUGAAGUUGAGCAAUUGUCAAGUGCAAGGCAGUCCUUUUAAGUUUACUGCUGAAACGCUGUCAACACGAUAUGGUGGAUCUACAUUGACCAUGGGAAAUGGAGAAGAGGGUGUAAUGUACAACACACUGUGUGGACAGCCUGUUGAAUUCACAAUAAAUACCAAGGAACGCAAGCAGGGGAAAGAAACCCGCUCACACCAUCCUAUUUUUGUGGUGGAAAUCCGGUUCCCUCUAUCUUCAAGGAACUUUGAUAUAGCAAAGACUCUUGAAGUGCAGGGCAGGGGAGACGAUUCUAAUUCUUUUUGUUACACUCCAACCGCAGAAGGUUUGCAUCAGUUGUCGAUAAAAAUAGAAGGCUUCCAUAUGCAAGGAAGUCCUUUUGAAUGGAAAGUGGAGAGAUGGAAUCUCAUGGUGCCAGGCUGGGAACCCUGGAAAAGUUUUCUCAAUUUAGUUAGCGAUAACAUGAGAGUCCAGUACAUACAAAACUUUGACGUUUGGUCUCCUGGAAUUCCAUGCGUGUUGACGGCUUUGGGCACCGUUGGCUUUAAUGGAGGGAAGCACUUGUGGAAAGUCAGAAUGUUAUCGGACAGUAACCCAACCGAGGCCGGAAUUAGUAUCGGUGUGGCAAUAUCUACAGGAGAGAAUCCAUCAGAGCCUACUGCAGAGCCUCUGGUACUUAAAAUUCAAAACCAAUGGCUGUGGACUACGGGUCAUCCGGAUCUCCUAAAUUUCUCACUGUGCACGAAUUUCACAGCAGCGCGCUUUCCGUUUCCUGUUGGAAACAAUGAUGUUCUUGAAUUAUAUCUGGACUGUGUGAAUGGGAAACUGACGAUAUACCAUCCAGUUACUAAGCGAUCUGACACCAUGUACAUGGGGAGAGACCGAGGGUCGCUAUAUCCAAUGUUUGUGAUGUGUUCUAACGGUGACGAAGUGUCCCUUCGUACAACAGAAGUCAUGUCAGUGUAGCAGGCCGACAUGACUGAAGCUUUUUUUUUUUCCCUAGGCUAGUAACAGAUUUCAAUCUUCACCAAUUAAGGACGUUACUGCGCACGCAAAUUCACACGCCGCGUCAUGCAUGAGCACGCGCGCUAAGUACUAAAACGAACAAUGACAGGGCAGAUGGCCAUUGCUGUAGCUUUGCUUGGAUUUAACGAUCUUGGACGUUCGGUGACCCCUAC